AUGAAACAUAAUGGAUAUCCUGGGACACUUACAAUGGACCUCAAUAGGCUGUUGAAGGUCUUCCCGGGCAUAGCGUUAACAUGGGUCUGCUUCCUGGUGGCGGUGUGCUGCGUUAGGCUGACGGAGGCGCGUAUCGGCUACUUCUGGCACAUUACGGACUUACAUCUGGAUACGUACUACACCACCAAGGGCGACAUUUUUCGCAGUUGCUGGCUUACCGAACAUCACUCGAACACGGCCAACGCCAAACGGCCGGGACCGUACGGGGAUUACAUGUGCGACAGUCCAUGGAGCCUGCUGGAGUCCGCCACGCAAGCCAUGAAAUCCAAGCAAGGUGAUAACGUCGAGUUCGUCCUGUGGACCGGCGAUGGACUGUCACACUCGGCCAAGCGGAUGCACGACAGCAAGCGACUGGACGUGCUGCGCAACAUCACCGAGCUGAUGAGCCGCACGUUUCCGUCACAGUUUGUGUUUCCGGUGCUCGGCCACGAGGAUGGUAGUGCGAACUUCGAACAGCUCGGCGACCUCUGGCGCCACUGGUUGCCACUCGAGGCACUGCAAACGUUCGAGAAAGGUGGUUACUACACAAUCGAGCAGACCAAGAGUCGGCUGAGGAUCAUAGCUUUAAACACCAACUACAUGCGGCACGACCCGAAGUACUCGCAGUCGCACUCGUCGGCGGUAAAGCAGCGGCCUGACGGUUCCUACCACUAUCCGGCCGGUGGCCACUACAGUGACCACCACGGCAUCGGCAAGCACUACCACGGCCGCGACGGCAGCGCCUCCUCCGGCUACCUGUACAGCGACCGGCGGAGCGGCUACGGCAGCAGUAGCAACGUGGCCGACGGUGGCCUCGUCGGCCACGCCAGUGCAUUAUCGGGAUCAAGCAGCCACGAGUCGGAGAAGCAGUGGGAAUGGCUGGAGGAGGUUCUAGCGAAAUCGAGUAGAAAUAAGGAAACUGUAUAUAUCGUAGGACACAUACCACCAGGCUCGGACGAGCGCCACAUUGGCCACAUGAUGCCGUUCGGGCACUCCAGCUUCACCGAGAAGAACAACGCGCGCUACUUGCGGCUCGUCAAGCGCUACUCGUCGAUCAUCCAGGGACAGUUCUUCGGCCAUCUGCAUUCAGACUCCUUCCGGGUAGUGUACAAUGAAGUGGGAAGCUUCAACGGUCGAAGGACUCAGCCGUGUGCUGGGUACUACCGGGCCAACUCGGUGCGCCACGCAACCGGCACCUGCGAGGGGGUCUGCCUGCUCAACCACUACUGUGCCAUAACGCGGUUGGACUACCGUGACUUCCAAAUCUGUCUGGAGACGGCGGCCAAAGCGCUGGCAUCGAAAAACGGUGCUCCCACGGGCCCGGCCACCGGUCGGCUGCUUCUGGCGGUCGGCCCGGCCCUGCUGAUCCUGCUGCUGACCUGCUGCCUACCGGUGGACAGGACCCCACACAGGACCCUGGUGGACACGCUCAUCAACUUCAUUUCCUGCGCUUCGUCCAUUGCUUCUGCUGUCGCGGUGGCGGCGCUGGCAGCCACGUCGAAGGCACUGGCCGUACCGCUCGGGAGUGUCCUCAUCUGUCUGCUUGCCCUACGCCCCGGAACCAUCACAGGCCAUCAUUCGCAGCGGGCCACCGUCGAGGCCAGCGGUGAGUCUGGUUCGCCUACCCGAACCGUUUAG